GUUAAGAGAACCUUGUACUGGCUGUGCUGCACCUUAUGGAUUUUUGAACCACAUGCCAUUAACAACUGAAACUGAGACAUUUGCUCGAUUAGUACGAGAAGCUCAAGUAUCUGGAAAUUUAGAUGCACCAGAAGGUGGUUUUGAUGCUAUAAUGCAAGCAGUUGUUUGCCAGGAAGAAAUAGGAUGGAGAGGAAAGUCGAGAAAAAUGCUUGUGUUCUCUUCUGACAGUGGUUUUCAUUAUGCUGGUGAUGGAAAACUUGGUGGUAUUGUAAAACCAAAUGAUGGACAUUGCCAUUUAGAUGAUGAUGGAUAUUACACUGAAAGUAUCCACCAAGAUUACCCUUCCUUAAGUCAGAUCAAUCAUAAAAUUCAAGAACAUAAGGUCAAUAUUAUAUUUGCAGUUACAGCAAACCAAGUGCCUGUUUACGAGCGCCUAAGUAGUUUAUUGGAAGGCUCUAGUGCUGGAAAAUUAGCUAAUGAUUCUUCAAAUGUGGUUGAUCUUGUACGGAAUCAAUAUGAUAAAAUAACAUCAGCUGUGGAAAUUAAAGAUAAUGCUGGAAGUAAUAUUCAAGUUAAUUAUUAUUCAACAUGCUUAGGAACAAAGCGUGAAAACACUAAUAUCUGCAAAGGGUUGAAAGUGGGUACAAAUGUUACAUUUGAAGCUAAUAUUGAAGUCACAAAGUGUCCGAAAGAUCCAAAAGAGUGGAACCAAACAUUUCAAAUCUAUCCUGUAGGCUUGAAUGAAGCUUUAACAAUCCAUUUGGAAAUGAUAUGCGAGUGUGAUUGUGAAAAACCUUGGAAUGAAGAAAAAAACAGUGGUAAAUGUAGUGCUGGUAAUGGCACUUAUGAGUGUGGUGUCUGCAGCUGUUACAAUAACAGGUAUGGGCGAGAAUGUGAAUGUGAUGCUAAAGACAGUGACCAGGCAACUGAUGAUAUUGGUUGCUAUUUUGGAAAUGAUACUAAGCCAUGUUCUGGUCGAGGUGUUUGUCGUUGUGGUGAAUGUGAAUGUUACAAGCGACCUAAUGCAGAAGAAAAGGUCACUGGUAAAUUUUGUGAGUGUGAUAAUUAUUCCUGUGAUAGAUCUGAUGGUAAAAUAUGUAGUGGCCCUGAACAUGGAGUUUGUGAUUGUGGUAAAUGCAAAUGUAAACAAGGUUGGACAGGCUCCGACUGCGGAUGCAGGGAUACAAAUGAAACUUGUAUGGCACCAAAUGGAAAAAUAUGCAGCGGACAUGGUGAUUGUGAAUGUGGUGCUUGCAAGUGCUAUGAUUUGGAAGAAGGUCGAUAUAGUGGAACGUUUUGUGAGCGAUGUCCGACUUGUCCUCUGAAAUGUGAUGCUUUUAGAGAUUGUGUUGAAUGUCAAAUAUUCCCUGAUGAUAAUGAUGUUCCUCCUGAGAACUGUACAGCUUGUUCAUUCAUCACAAUAGGUGUUGAUAAAGUAGAAGUGAAAGAAGAAGAAAAUGAGAAAUUGUGUGUGUUUCGAGAUGAUAAGGAUUGUCAAUUUAUUUUCAAGUAUAAGCUAGAUGAAGAAGAUCAGCCUAUUGUUCACGCCCAAAGAACUAAAGAUUGUCCUGAACCUGUUAACAUACUCGCUAUUGUACUUGGUGUGAUUGGUGGAAUUAUAGCAAUUGGUCUUGCACUUCUGCUGAUUUGGAAACUAUUGACAACAAUUCAUGAUAGAAGGGAACUUGCCAAAUUCGAAAAAGAAAGACAAAUGGCUCGAUGGGAUACGGGUGAAAAUCCAAUUUAUAAACAAGCAACUUCAACAUUCAAGAAUCCUAUGUACAGUGGAAAACAGUGAUUUAUAAAUUUUUUUAAUGAGUGUGUUUGGUGCUACAAAAAGGCAGUCAUUUGCAUUUGUGACUUUUAAAUGAUGGAUCUAUUUUUGCUACUUGAUGCAUCUGUUGUCUAAAAGGCAGUUUUCUUCAUUAAAAAAUAUGAUCUGUUAGCAUCAUGCAAGAAGGAAAUCUAUGAAUUUAUCCGUCAUACUUAAACUUUUAGAUUUGUUAGCUUGUUCUGACAUUACCUGUAAAAUUUUCAUUUGUAUGUGCCAAUUGUUUGUGUGUAGAUUUAUAAUUAAUGUUAUAGUAUGUUAGAUCUGUUUUCUCUACUAUAUUUAUUAAUCUAUUUUCUUAACUUGCAAUAUCUUAAAUGUUGUAUUUUGGGUUGUAUUUAUACUAAUGUUUAUUUUAAAGCUUUUAUUGUCACUGCUGCUUUAUUCUUACUUUAGGGACUGUUUAUACUACAAUGAUUCACCUAUAUUCGACAUUUAAAUCAGUUUUAACUAUUUGGAGUACAUAAGCUAUUAAUCAUGCAAACAGUUAAAUGUUCUUAAAAUUUAAAUGAUAUGUGAUGAAUUCCUUAAUUUUACUACUCUUUCAAGUAAUGUAUGUGUGUGUUUAAACAGGGUAACUUAUCAAUCUCAAUCAUAUAAAAAGUUUAUUUUUUUAAUAUUUCGUGUUUUCUUUUAACAUUAUUUCUACAGUCUACAUUUCUUAUAACAACACCGAUAUGUGUUCUUAAAUUUUGUAUGUUUCCAUCAGUUAUAAUAUUAGGCUCUUAACUACUUUUUUCUUACUUAGUAAUAUAGUUUUUAAAUUUAUGAAAUAUGAAAUUUAUUCACAAAUACGAUAUAUUACUAUCAGUUUUGAACUUUCAUAGAUGACAUAAAGUAUGAAAUAAUUGAUAUACAAAUGUGACAUAAUUCAAACUUUUUUCUUUUAAAUUUUGUUAGUUCACUUUUUUUUCUGAUAUGUGUGUCCCAGUAACAUUAUUGAAAUAAUUGGUACACUUGCUGGCUAAUUAUAUCACUAAUAAUUUAGAAAGAGUUAAAUAUAAUCUAACUAUUGUUAUAUAAUGAAUCUCGUUUUUGUCGUUUUGAAAAAUGUUUCAUAAUGUGUUUAAUUGUUGCUUUUUUUUUUUAAUCAGAUAAAAAUCUAAUUUAUAAACAAGUAAUUUCAUAAUAUAUAGUGUUUUAGAAGUGCCAUUUUUAAGUGCAGACUUUAAAUUUUUUUUAAAAAUUGUUUUAAUUUAAAUAUGCAUACAAUCCCUACUUUCAUGAUUAUUUCAACAUUGUUUAUUUUUUUCUUUUAUCAUGUCAAAUUUAUUUAAUUUGGCUUUGUUUAUUUCAUUUGGCACCAUUUUCACUGAAUAUUUAUUAUCAACUAAAUAUUUGAUAGCAUAUGUGAGUUACCACAAUGGAACAUAAUAGUUUUAUUUUUAAUACUUUAUUUUAUUUUAGUGAACUAUUUAGAUUUUGGACUUUUUUUCAAGUAAUAAUAUUCGGGCUUGAAUUUUUACAUUUUAAGGAUAUUUUUAUGUGAUUAUUUUAUGUGUAUAAUGAGCUUCUGAUUUUUAUUCUAACGGAUGAACAGUGUAUCCAAAUUUCUUUCUUUUAUUGUCUUAGAUCUGAUACUCACUGUGCAUUUGUCGUACUUACAUUUCUCUCCUCUUAUUGUUAAACGUGCCAUAAUUUUCUUUGAUACUUUUUUGACAUAGUUUUCGAAAAUGUCAACUUCAUUACUUUUUAAAUGAUAUUGAUUAUAAAAUAAACUAACUGUUCAAGAUAAUAUAUCAUAUAGAUUUUUUUAAUGAACUGACUUUAUAGGGCAUUUAAUCUCAUCUGCUAUAUUUUUAUAUAACAAUUUAUAUAAAUUUAAUAAAAGCAAUAUUAUAUUCCAUUGCUUAUAAUAAAGUUGACAAUGUUGAAUUUUUUCAACUGACUGCAGAUAUUUAAAACGUUUUAGUACACUAUGACUAAAAAAAAAAAAAUUCAUUAACAUUUUUAAAUAACAUUAAAUUAAACAUUUUCUUCACUGUAUGUUUUAAAUAUAUAUAUACUCAGAGAUACUUGUUGGAUUUUAAUAUCUUAGUGACCUUACUGCUAAUGUUUACCAAUGUAUAACUCUAAACUGAGCUUUAAAAUACAUCAGAAGUGCUAUUAGCAAAUGUUGAGUUUAUUUUAAAUUCUAUACAUAUUCAAAACAUGUUAAAUACAUUUUUUUUUUUAAUGUACUUAUUUUUUUUAUAUAUAAAAAAUUGGAAUGUACUUAUACAAAAUAAUAUUUAUCAGUAAUGAUAAUAUUCCUGCACUACACUUUUGGAAAAGCUAUCAAUAUUUUGCUUGUCAUUUUUUAAAAAUUUAUUUUGGAAUGGAAUUAUGUUAAUGUUAUGAUAAAUAUUAAAUUUUUGAUCUGAUAUGUUCUCAUUAAGUGUUUUAAAACUUUCAAAUAUAGAUUGGUUCAUUUAUUAUUUUUUACUAGUUUGUGAUAUAUGAAAAAGAAUCUCACUUUAUUGUUCAAUGUUAGUUUCAUUUCUAUUUUAAAAAACAUUAAUAAUGACAGCUUAUUUCAUUACAUGUUGAAAAUACUAUUUUUGAAUGGUAUUUGACAUCCUACAUGAACUCGCUUAAGUUUUUUUCUGAUAUAUUUAGAAAUCAAAUCUUAUUUUACUAUAUUAAGAAAAGAAUUGUGGUUGUUAAUUUGAUACUUUAACUUUUUUUGUUCAUAUAACAAUGGCAUGAAUAUUUUACUAUUUUCCAACAAAAUCUCUUAUAAGUUUUUUUUUUUUUACUUUAGUGUUUUGUAAACAAUGAUAUUUUUCAAAUAUGUAUAAAUUUAAAUUUGAUCUGUUUAGUGAAUAUUUAUAAUUUUCAGAUUACUUAGAUGGCAGCUGUUAAUCUUAUUUACAAAAAUUGUAUUUAUUAACUAGAUCUUGAAAUAAAAGUUUUUAAAAUACAAGAAA